UCAUCACAUACAUCUAGAGCUGCGUUACAAGUGCACAAGUCGGUGCAACAUCGCCAGAGUACUGCCGAAUUAGUCCAAAAGUCGCUCAAGUGUCAGCUCCGUAUGGAAAUAGUUAAGAACUACGCCGUACUUCGUUGUAACAUUUUGAAAAUUCCGAAGAUACCGGACGAACAAGUCAACCAGUGCCUUGAAGAAAGAUCUCAAAAGAAGAAAAGGAACAUCUCUAAAGAAUCAUCACCGCUACCUUCUUGUGUACCCGAUCAGCAAUUGUAG